AUGCUGACAGAAAAGUUUCUCCAGUUGCAGUCCUUUUACUUUGGCCUCCUGGGACUGGAGCUGUUGCAGCAGCAGGAGGUUCGGGGUGUGAGGCGAAGCAUUUGCUGCAUCCUGGUUGUAGCCACAUUCCUGCCACUGACCAUCGCCUUUGGUCUAAGCAACAUACACAAUAUGGACAGGCUGACCGACACACUCUGUUCGGCGCUGGUGGAUUUGUUGGCCCUCUGCAAGAUUGGGUUCUUCUUGGGGCUGUAUACAGAUUUCAGGCAGCUUAUUCAAAGAUUUCACAAUAUGCUCGAAAGGGAGAGUCGCUGCGAGAUGGCAGCUGAGAUCGUUGCCCGGCAGAAUGAUCGGGAUCAGUUUAUUAGUUCUCUGUACAAGAACUGCUUCCUGGUGGCUGGUUUCUUCGCCUGCCUGAUGUCUCCGCUGCACAUGAUUAUUGGCUAUUGCAGAACAGGCCAAACGGAGCCAGCUUAUCCCUUUCCCAGCGUCUAUCCCUGGGACAAUCGUCACCUGCACAACUACCUCUUCUCGUAUCUGUGGAAUGUGUGUGCCGCCUUGGGCGUGGCACUGCCCACCAUCUGUGUGGAUACACUCUUCUGCUCGCUGACGCACAACCUAUGCGCCCUCUUAAAGAUUUCCCGUCACAAAAUGCUGAGCUUUAGAGGCAAAAAUCUAAAGGAGACCAAGCUGAAUCUGAGACACAUCUUUUACCUUUAUGGCGUGUGCCUGUAGUUGGGCAGCUCAUUAAAUCGCUUUUUCAGCCCGCUCAUCUUUGCCCAGUUUAUUGCCACCUCGUUGCACCUGUGCGUGCUCUGCUAUCAGCUCUCCACGAACCUCAUGCACCCCGGUAUGCUGUUCUAUGCCGUCUUUAUGGCGACCAUUCUCGGCCAGGUAGCCAUCUACUGCCAUGGCGGGGCCUGUGUCCAGGCGGAGAGCCAGCUCUUCGCACAGGCCAUCUACGAGAGCGACUGGGUGCCGCUGCUGCUGGAUGGACAUCCGGAUGUGGUACGUUCGUUGCAGAUUGCCAUGGUCGAUGGCUACUUCUUUGUGGCCAAUCGAAAGACAUUUGUGUUGAUUGUUCAAACUGCCAUUUCGUAUGUAACGCUACUGCGAUCAUUCUCCUAGAUCAUUGAUUAUAUUGUUCCAGUAAUAAUAUCUCUUUUAAUA